AUGCGGCCCCAGCAGACCGCCCCCAGAAAGAGAGAUUAUCUCAGGUACAGCACACCAGACUUGUAUGAGCUGGCUCACGCCGCUGCAGCAAGAGGCGACAGCCGAGAGGCAAUGCAGAUGGUCGAAUACCUGGUGCGCGAUCGCCGUGAGACUCCCAACCUUCGCCUGUAUUCCAUCUCCAUUCUCGCCAAUGUCCAUCCCUGGGAAGGCUCCUCAAGAAGGGUCGCUGGUCUGCUGACUGAAAUGGACGACGAAGGACUACAAAUGAAUGUCCAGAUCUGUCACGACGUACUGCGUGUGCUGAGUGUUCACAUGGACUAUUUGCUGCGCAUCGACGUCUUACAGUACAUGCGCCGCCAAUGGUUUCAGCUGAAUACAGAAGGUUAUCACUGGGUUGGUGCUGCCUUGUUCCGCGAAGCCCAACUCGAAUUGGGUCUCGCCCACCUCGACGACAUGCGAAAGGACAAUGUGCCUAUUCAAGGCUGGCUCUACGAUCUUGCCUUGUACACCCUGAUUGAAACAAACGAGUUUGAUGCAGCUUUGAAUAUAGUCAAGGAUCGAAUCGCUGCUAAUGACUGGCUCAUCAAUCGAAAUCUCUGGGCUCACAUGCUCGACCGCGGCGCUGCUUUCUUCCACUAUGAGAGUGCCGUCUACAUUUGGAACAGCCAAGUCAUUCCAGGCUAUCUGAACCCUUCAUCAGGAACUUGUCUGAAUGUGCUGACCACAGCUGCUCGCAAAGGAGACGCUGCUCUCGCAACCUCCGUUUUCCACGUCCUAGGAAAACGCAGCACCACCUUCAAACAAAUCCACUAUGAUCAACUCCUGGCCACCUAUAUGUCUGCCUCACCACCCGACUUGCGCGCAGCAUUUACCGUCCUUUCCAUCAUGGCUGAUCUGAAGAUUGUCCCGACCGCUUCGUCUACAAGGCCGAUCCUCGCGCACCUUGUCAAACAUCCUUCUGACUGCACAACCGCCUUCGACAUCAUAACCUCUCUUCAUGAAAGCGGCCGAGAAAUCCCCAUCGCAGCCCUGAAUGUGCUGAUGGAAGGUUACGUCGAGACAAACCAGCUUGAGCAAGCUCUAGUUGCAUACAAGCACAUGCAUCUCUUUGAACGCCUUGCUGUGGACAAACACGGAAAACCCGUCCGUCGCAGUCGCGCUUACAGCACCCUCGAUACCUUCAACAUCCUCCUCCGCGGCGCGGCAAAACCUGCUGCUGAGAAGGCCUUUGACUUGGCAAUGUUCCUCGUUUCGGAGAUGCUGGCAAUUGGUGUUCGUCCCGACAGCCUUGUUUACGAUCGUCUGAUUGUCAUUUGCGUCCAAGACAAGAAAUUCGAUCACGCAUACCGCUACUUUGACGAGAUGGAGGAACUGGGCCUCAUGCCCAGACCACGCACAGCCGAGUUUCUGGCGUUUGCCUUGGCGGGAAGAGCAGAUGAUAGAUGUUGGGAUGUUUUGCAAAGGAUGCAGGACAGAGGCGCUAGUAUAGCAGAGAAACAGAAGACCCUGUUGCAACGCAAGUUCGACAGGGCUCUACGGGGCGAAACUGGAGACUUCCAGGACGAUCUAGACUAG